CCCUUCCGCUCCAUCGCUGUUCCAGUCCCGCUCCGUCCCCGCUCCUCCGGGCCGGUGCCGGUGGCCAUGGGGGCCGGGUUCGGCGCGGGGCUGGGGCUGGCCCUGGCCUCCAGCGCCUUCAUCGGCGGCAGCUUCGUGCUGAAGAAGAAGGGGCUGCUCCGGCUGUGCGGCCGCGGCCGCGCCAGGGCAGUGGGAGUUGGAGAAGCUGCAAAUUUCGCUGCCUAUGCCUUUGCCCCUGCAACACUGGUAACUCCACUGGGUGCUCUAAGUGUCCUUGUUAGUGCAGUUCUGUCUUCCAUCUUCUUGAAUGAGCAGCUGAAUGUUCAUGGGAAGAUUGGCUGCAUUCUGAGUAUCCUGGGCUCCACUGUGAUGGUGAUCCAUGCUCCACAGGAAGAAGAGGUUUCCAGCCUGGAAUCAAUGGCAGAGAAGCUCAAAGAUCCAGGAUUCAUUGUAUUUGCUGUGUGUGUCCUGGUGAGCUCCCUUCUGCUCAUCUUUGUGGCUGGACCCCGUUACGGGCAGAGCAACGUCCUGGUUUAUGUUUUGGUCUGCUCUGCCAUUGGCUCACUGUCCGUAUCCUGUGUCAAAGGCCUGGGGAUUGCCCUGAAAGAAUUGUUCUCUGGGAAGCCAGUCCUGAAAGAACCCCUGGGUUGGGUGCUCCUGGUGUGCCUGGUGAUCUGCAUCAGCAUCCAGAUCAACUACCUGAACAAAGCCCUGGAUAUUUUCAACACCUCUGUGGUCACACCCAUUUACUACGUGCUGUUCACCACAGCAGUCAUGAUGUGCUCAGCCAUCCUCUUCAAGGAGUGGCAGCACAUGGUGCUGGACAACAUCAUCGGCUCCAUCAGCGGCUUCCUCACCAUCGUGUCCGGCAUCUUCCUCCUGCACGCCUUCAGGGACAUGCCCUUCACCCCCAACCUCCUGCCCCUCUUCCUGCAGCCAGGCAGGCCAGACAGACAUCAGUCCUGUCAGCACCAGCCUCUGCUGCCCUCAGAGGACAAGGGCUCUCAGAGUGCAGAGGAGGAGGAGGAGGAGGAGGAGGAGAAGUGAAAGCAGGUGAGGAAGCGUCUGAACUGCUGGCUUCCUGCUCCCAGUGCAAGGCUGAACAUGCUGCUGCAGGAGCAGGAGCUGUGAGUUACCCUCUGCCUGCCCCAGGCACCACCACACUGACAGGAGGCUGACAGGGCCAGCAGCCUCCUGUGGCCACAGACAGGAGCCCUGGGAACUGCGCAGUUCCUGGCAUCCUGUGCUUCUUCACUGUUAUUUUAUGUGAAGAAUUGAUCUGCCCUUGUUAGGACCCAGACCUCGGCUGUGCAGAGAGGCCUGCAGCACUAACACAGUGCUAACCCUGACUCUUUGGCAGGUCACACAUUUGGGGAGGCUCACACGGUUUUUUAAAACCAGAAUUAACAGUUACAAAAUGAUCUAACGUGGUGCUAAGGUUAUGCAGAGAGAAGACGGACGUCUGGCUUUAAAGGUGACAUACAGAGAGUAUUAAUGCAAAAAUUCCUCUGUCAAGUACUUAUUUUUGCUCACUGUGCUAGAAUUUAUUUACAGAUUCACAUCCAAAAACAGAAUACAGCCCAAACUGUGAAACCAGUGGUGCUGCCACAUGCUGCUGUGGCUCUUACAGAGGGACCAGCCUCUUCAUGCAGUGUCUGCUGUGCAGGUUGAUGAAGCUUCCUGUAUUCUAUUAAAAACUGAUCUGUUCAGUUA